AUGGGCCGCCUCCGCGACGGGCGAGCCUUCCUCCACCGCGCGCUGGUCUUCUCGUCGCUGCUCCUCCUCGCCUCCGGCGAAAUCUUCUUCGAGGAGCGAUUCGAUGAUGGGUGGGAUAGCCGUUGGGUGAAAUCUGAUUGGAAGAAGAGCCAAGGACAAGCCGGAACCUUCCGACACACAGCGGGAACCUAUUCUGGAGACCCUGACGAUAAAGGUAUACAAACAACUGGGGAUGCCAAACAUUUUGCUAUAUCGGCAAAAUUCCCAGAAUUUAGUAACAAGGGCCGGACAUUGGUGAUCCAGUACUCUCUAAAGAUUGAGCAAGACAUUGAAUGUGGUGGUGCUUACAUCAAACUUAUGUCUGGUUAUCUCAACCAGAAGAAAUUUGGCGGCGACACUCCUUACAGCUUCAUGUUUGGGCCUGAUAUAUGUGGGGAUCAGAAAAAGAAGCUCCAUCUCAUACUUUCAUACCAAGGGCAAAACUACCCUAUCAAGAAAGAUCUAAAAUGCGAAGCAGACAAGUUGACACAUUUUUACACAUUUAUUCUAAGACCUGAUGCCACUUAUAGCAUCCUUAUCGAUAACCGGGAGAGAGAAUUUGGAAGCAUGUACACUGACUGGGAUAUCCUUCCUCCUCAUAAGAUCAAAGAUGUUAAUGCAAAAAAGCCAAAAGACUGGGAUGACAGGGAAUAUAUUGAAGAUCCUGAUCAAGUUAAGCCAGAGGGAUAUGAUUCAAUUCCUAAACAGAUACCUGAUCCAAAGGACAAAAAGCCUGAGUCAUGGGAUGAUGACGAAGACGGUACAUGGAAGCCCAGAAUGAUACCUAAUCCAGAAUACAAGGGACCAUGGAAGCGGAAGAAAAUUAAGAAUCCUAACUACAAAGGAAAAUGGAAGACCCCAUGGAUUGACAAUCCAGAGUUUGAGGAUGACCCAGACCUAUAUGUUCUGAAACCUUUGCAGUAUGUGGGGAUUGAAGUCUGGCAGGUCAAAGCUGGUUCCGUUUUUGACAACAUUUUGAUUUGCGAUGAUCCAGACUAUGCAAGACAUGUUGUAGAUGAAACUUUUGCUGCAAAUAAGGAGGCUGAAAAAGAGGCCUUUGAAGGAGCUGAAAAGAAGAGGAAGGCUAGAGAAGAAGAGGAAGCACGGCGAGCACGGGAGGAAGGGGAGAGGCGAAGGCGGGAGAGGGAUAGGGACCGUGGCAGGGACCGUUACAGGGAUAGAUAUAAGCGUCAUAGACACUACGACGACUACCAUGUAAGUUACAAAGUAUCUUCAUUUCUUAUCCUGGAACGCCCAAAGUUACACAAGAAAAGGACGAGCUAUAGAUCACCUGUUCUUUUGAAAUCUGCACGAUGUUGGUUGUCUAUGGAGGGCCUUGAUGAUUGUGCCAAUAAGGUGUACCACUUCAGGACGGGCACAGAUGUUUGA